AAAAGAAAACCUUGCAUAAAAUAAUUAAGUUAUAAAAAGAAAUUAUGUUCCCGAAAAAAACAUGAGAGAGAGUGGUAGAGCGAGAGAAUGGGAUUCAAACACUGGACACAGGGCGCAGCAUCAACGGUCAGCACUAGGUAAUGAGAAGAUCAGAGUCCAAGAGAGAGGUCGACAGUGGAAAAGGGUGGAUACAAGGCAACUUAUCUGGAAUGGGAAACGGAAUGAGCACAGAGAGGGGGGGUUUGACAGAGAACAGUGGAAAGGAGGGAACUGGAGUAUGCAUAGGCAGUGGGGGUAUGACAGAGGGCAAUAUAAGCAAGCUACAGCCUUCUUUUUUACAAAUAUGUCGGAGGACUGGAGCUACACAGAAAUGUGGAGAACAUUUGGCAAGUUUGGAAGGGUAUUUGAUAUUUAUAGUCCUCAGAGGAGAAGCAAGAACGGAAGGAGAUUUGGUUUUGUCAGGUUCCUUAAUGUAAGGAAUAUUAGGGAGCUUAAAAAACAGCUUGAUCAAAUAAAGGUUGAGGGGCAUAAAUUAUGGGUAAAUCUGGCCAAAUACCCAGAGGAGAAACAUAAAGGGGAGAGAGUAAGGAGAAUCAUCCCAUCAAAAGUAAUUGUUCAUGGGAAGUCAUAUGUUGAUGCUGUGAGAGGACAAGAAGGUCUUGGAUCCAGGAAAAGCGUAGAGAAGACACUUGAGAGCCCCUUGAUGCGUGGAGAAGAUAAAAGGAAAGCCCAUGAAACGCAGAAGCAACCGAAGAGCGGACUAGUAUGGAAACAGAAAAAAAGAGGAAAGGAGUGGUCGGGAUUGGAGUUUAAGGUGAAAAAAGAAGAGUUUCAGUGGCUGCAAGGAAGCUAUGUGGGAGUUGCUCACUCAGUGGAGAUUGUACCCAAUCUAGAAGAGAAGUUCUACAUGGAAGGGUACUUCUCAUGUAGAUUGAGAGCUAUGGGGGGAAAGCUGGUCCUUAUGGAUGGUGAGAACAAAGACGAAAUUAAGGACUUAGUGGAGGGAGCCCCGGAAUGGCUUGGACAGUGGUUUUCUGAGGUAAAACCGUGGUCACCCUCAAUGGUAGAAAAAGAAAGAUUUGUUUGGAUAAGGUGCCAGGGAGCUCCUCUGCAUGCUUGGGGCCCAGAAUUCUUUGAAGAAUUGGCAUUAGUUUGGGGGAAAUGUAUAUGCUUGGAUGAUAGUACAAGUAAAAAGAGAAGUUUAGGUCAGAUCAAUCGGAUUGGAUCGGAUAUGAACACCCCUAGUGACUCAGAGCUUGAUGAGUCUUGGUCGAAUGCCACAGAUUACACAGCAGGAUUCGACGGAGAUAGCAGAGGAGAAGAAACUGGAGAUAACACCGGAGAGAAUAUUUCAGGCAGAGGAACAUUCUCGAGCAAGGAGAGAGGAAGCAGGUUGGCUGUCACUUCAAACUCAGAAGUAAAUUUUGAAUUUGAAGGAAAGAGUACUGAUGAGGAUUGGUCAAAAAAGAAGGCUAGGCUCUCACAUAGCAUAUUAGGUGAGGAAGAGUCCGUUGAUGUGGUAGCAGAUAGCUUUGAAAUGGAUUUGGAAGAGGAUGACAUAGAGGAGAGAGGUGAUAUUGAAAUGUGUGUAUCAGGAAGCAAGGUGAAGACUGUUUCAAAUUCAAACCCUGCAGCAAGGGUGGGAAGUUAUGGGCUGGCCACUCACACCAACAGUGAUUCAUUAGUUGGAUAUGGUACAAAAGGUAAUUGGGCCGGUGAAGGAGAGUCAAUAGAAAACUGGGUCGAUGAAAGAUUAAAUACCAGUCCACUAAAGGGGAGUGAAGUGAGGCCCGACGGGGGAAUUAAAAAGAAGAUCUCACAGGAAAAUACAGAAACAAAAGACACGAACACUCUCGAGAAAUGCAGUUCCUGUAACAACAAGAGGGGUAGUAUAGAAGGGAGUAGGGAAGAGGAGAUGAGCACAACACAAAAAAAGGACAAAAAAAAAAAGAGAAAGAAAAGGAGCAAAUCGUGCACUUUUGUUUACCAAAAAUCAAUCCUUCUUGGAUUCAUGAAGCAGAAGAAGAAAAGCAGGGGCAGAUGCGGCGCGAGGCAAAUGGAGGAAGAAGCAAUGCCAGUGUUCUUGCCAAACACAAGCAACUCAAUAGCGGGUGGUUCGAUAGGAGAUAACGGGGCAGUGGCAGAGGAAGAAGAAUCGAUCAUCAGGAAACUUGAGGAGUUGGAGACCAGAGAUAGAACAGCAAAGGAGAAAGAAAGCUUAAAAGGCCCGAGCAAGGAACAGAAGAUUACAGAGGCUGAUAAAAUGAAAGAAGAAAUUGCCACCUGUUUUGAAGAAACAUUCAUAGAGGAGCAGUGUGUGAGACCAUCUGUAGGACUCCAAUUCAAACAAAUUGCCCUAGCAGAUAAUGAUUAUCUCAUUGCACCUUUUACUGAAGAAGAAAUCAAGACAGCGGUGUGGGACUGUGAAAGCUCAAAAGCACCGGGUCCGGAUGGCUUCAAUUUUAAAUUCAUCAAGAGUGAAUGGGAGACAAUCAGAGGCGAUGUUACUGAAUUUAUUCAUGAGUUCCAGAAGAAUGGCAAAAUUGUGAAAAGUCUCAAUACGUCAUUCAUAGUUCUUGUGCCAAAAGUAGAGAAUCCACAGAAAAUAGAAGAGUAUAGACCAAUUUCAUUGAUAGGGGGUAUAUACAAAAUCCUUGCAAAGUUACUUGCUAACCGGCUUAAGAAGGUGUUGGCGAGAAUAGUUGGUGAACAGCAAAUGGCAUUUUUAAGCAGUCGGCAAUUAAUGGAUGGGGUUGUAAUAGCAAAUAAGGUCAUUGAUGAAGUAAAAAAGAAGAGGAAGGAAGUGUUUUUGUUUAAGAUUGACUUUGAAAAAGCUUACGACAAGGUCAGCUGGAGAUUUCUGGAUUUCAUGAUGCAAAAGAUGGGUUUUUCAAAUAGUUGGAGGAAAUGGAUUAUGGAGUGCCUAAGGUCAAGUAUGGUGUUGGUUUUGGUCAAUGGCAGCCCUACCAGACAAUUCUCUAUGUCCAGAGGUCUUCGACAAGGGGAUCCACUAUGUCCAUUCUUAUUUUUGAUUAUUGCAGAAGGGAUUAAUGGGCUGGUUUUGAAGGCUGUGGAGAAAGGUUUACUUGAAGGAGUUGAGGUGAGAGGUAAGCGCUUCAAGAUCACACAUCUCCAAUAUGCAGAUGACACUUUGCUGUUUGGCAUAGCUACUAAGGAAAAUGUAUGGGCUAUGAAGAGCAUCUUGAGGAUAUUCGAGCUGGUAUCGGGGCUAAAGAUAAACUUUAACAAAAGUCAGCUCAUUGGCAUUGGAGUAAAGGAAGAGUGGUUAGAAAAAAUGGCAUGGAUUUUGUGUUGCAAAAAAGGGUACUUGCCUUUUAAGUAUUUGGGGAUACCCAUUGGGGGGAGGAGUGGGAAGCUUUCAUUCUGGAAACCAGUGCUGGAAGGGGUGUCUAGAAAACUAUCCACAUGGAAAGGGAGGUACUUAUCUCUAGGAGGAAGGAUCACUCUCAUUAACUCAGUGCUGUCCAGUCUACCCGUGUUUUGGAUGUCCGUGUACAUGAUCCCGAAAGGUAAAGACAAUACAGUUUCACAGAUGGGCUGGUGGCUCAAUGGUAGCUGGAUAUGGAAACUGCAGUGGAGGAGAAGGCUAUAUAGCUGGGAAGUCCAAGAAGAAACAGAAAUUUUGAAGGAAAUCCAGGAAACAACAAGCACGAAAGGAAAAACUGAUGUAAGAGAGUGGAUACAUAGUAACAACGGGGUAUACAUAACAAGAUCUGCGUACAAGGCACUCACAUUGGAGCUAGAGAGGGAACUACUAGGAGUGACCCUUCAAAAAGUUUGGAAUGCACUGGUGCCAAGUAAGGUUUCAGCAUUUUCAUGGCAACUUCUGCAGGAAAAAACCCCUACAAAGGCAAAUCUUUUCAAAAGAGGUAUAAUUCAAAACAUGGAGGAUUGCAAAUGUGAACUCUGUGGACACCAACUGGAGGAAACCAGCCAUUUAUUCACGCAAUGCAAAGUGGCAUAUGAUCUGUGGAAUGCCUGCUUCAGGUGGUGGGGAAUUAGAACAGCGCUGGACAGAGAUGGGUGCAAGGUAUUCCAACAGCAUCCUUCGGCUCUCAAAGUGGCAGGAAUAAAAGAGGGCUGGAGAUGCAUCUGGUUUGUAGUUGUGUGGACAUUGCGGUUGGCAAGAAACGACAGCAUAUUUAACCGAAAAGAAGCGGACAACUGCAAGUUGCUUGAACUGGCUCAACUAAGGUCCUUUAGCUGGAUGAAUGCAGAAAGAAAGGAUGUCUUUUUUCAUUGUCCGACUAGAUCCAGGACCCGGUAUCCUGCUUAAGAGGGCUGCAGCAAAAAAUGGCAAAACAGGGUGACAAUACCAGGAUAAGCAGCGGAUUUCUUAGAAAGGGGCGCUCGAUUAAUUCAUGUGUUUUUUUUUUUUUUUGGGGAAUUAGUUGCUGAAUAAGCACAUAUUUCCCUG